AGUGUGUGUGUGUGAGCGAGUGUGUGUGUGUGUGUGUGCGUGUGUGUGUAAGAGAGAAAGACUGGCAUUUUUUUCUUUCCUCUCUUUGCCUAUUCCCUCUCUCUUCAGGCGAGCAGAGCAGAGCGGGACUGAGUGAGAGGAGGACAGAGACGCAGACGUGUGCAGACCAGAGCACACCAACUCCACAAAGACAAGAGAGGAGAAGAGUUUGCAAGGAGAACAUAAGAAACAACUGCUUAUUUUUCUUUUCUUUUCUUUUCUUUUUUUUUCUCUUUUACAUCUGCAAACUGUGGAGGAUAUCAAACCAGCAUCAAAAGAAUUCUACAAGAACAAAAAAGGAUUUGUAUGGCUUUACAGCAGAGAGGAAAAUAUUAGCAUUUCUCAUGUGUAAUUUUUUUCUUGUUCAUAUUCAUCAAAUAUAUGAAUUUAUUCUAGUGGACUUGUAAGGUGUAACAAGACUCUUGGAAGCAGACAUAGAGAGGGGAAGGUGGACACACAGAGAAGUAAGGGCUUGUUAAAGAAGAGCAGGUUGUCGUUCUGGUGAAUAUGGCCAUUAGAGAAAGCUGGUUUGAGGCAGGCAUGGGUAGGUUGGCCGGGCAGCCACUCUGGAUGUGGGUGGCGAUGCUCUCUGCCCUGAUAGUGGGCAAUGCCAGUGGCUGCCCAGCCCUGUGUACCUGCAGCGGAACCACAGUAGACUGCCAUGGACUGGGUCUCAAAACCAUGCCAAGGAAUAUCCCCCGCAACACUGAAAGACUGGAGCUGAAUGGGAAUAACCUCACACGAAUCACUAAGAGUGACUUCGCUGGACUGAAGUACCUCAGAGUUUUGCAGCUGGUGGAGAAUCAGAUUACUGUGAUUGAGCGUGGGGCCUUUGAUGACAUGAAGGAGCUGGAAAGACUGCGGCUGAACCGUAAUCAACUGCAGCAGCUUCCUGAGUUGCUGUUUCAGAAGAACCCUGGCCUGUCUCGACUAGAUCUGAGCGAGAACUACAUCCAGUCCAUUCCCAGAAAAGCUUUCAGGGGAGCUACAGACAUCAAAAACCUCCAGCUGGAUAAAAACCACAUCAGCUGCAUAGAGGACGGAGCCUUCAGAGCUCUGAGAGGCUUGGAAGUGCUAACACUGAACAACAACAACAUCAGCAGCAUCCCCGUCUCUAGCUUCAACCACAUGCCCAAACUACGGACUUUCCGUCUCCACUCGAACAAUCUGAACUGUGACUGUCACCUGGCGUGGUUGGCCCAGUGGCUCAGGCAGAGGCCUACAAUUGGCUUAUUCACACAAUGCACUGCCCCUCCUGAGCUCAGAGGACUUAAUGUGGCAGAAGUACAGAAGCAUGAAUUCAGCUGCUCAGGACACCAGGAGUCUUCAAGCCCGCAGCCUUGCAGCACUGGUGGAGGCUCUUGUCCUGCCAUGUGUACCUGCAGUAACAACAUCGUGGACUGUAGAGGAAAAGGUCUGACUGCCAUCCCAGCAAACCUGCCCGAGAGCAUGGCUGAAAUACGUCUGGAGCAGAAUGGGAUUAAGUCUGUUCCACCCGGAGCCUUCUCUCCCUACAAGAAACUGCGUAGGAUAGAUCUGAGCAACAACCAGAUCUCAGAGAUAGCUCCUGAUGCCUUCCAGGGCCUGCGGUCCCUCAACUCCUUAGUGCUGUAUGGAAAUAAGAUCACCGAUCUGCCUAAGGGGGUGUUUGACGGCCUCUACGCAUUACAACUUCUGUUGCUGAAUGCCAAUAAGAUUCACUGCGUUCGUGCCAACGCCUUCCAGGACCUGCAGAAUCUCUCGCUGCUAUCGCUCUAUGACAACAAGAUCCAAACCCUCGCCAAGGGCACCUUCACUUCACUACGAGCAAUACAGACCCUUCACCUGGCCCAGAACCCAUUUAUUUGCGACUGUAAUCUGAAGUGGCUGGCCGACUACCUGCGCACCAACCCGAUCGAGACGAGCGGCGCCCGCUGCGCCAGCCCACGGCGGCUCGCAAACAAACGCAUCGGGCAAAUAAAGAGCAAGAAGUUCCGCUGCUCUGCCAAAGAGCAGUACGUCAUCCCAGGCACAGAGGACAGCCAUCUGAACAAUGCAUGUAACAGUGAUCCAGUCUGUCCUCCCAAGUGCCGCUGUGAGUCGAAUGUAGUGGACUGCUCCAACCUUAAGCUCACCAAAAUCCCCGAGCACAUACCCGCAUCCACCAGCGAACUCCGCCUUAACAACAAUGAGAUUACAACUCUGGAAGCAACUGGAGCUUUUAAGAACCUUUCCCAGCUGAAGAAAAUUAACCUCAGCAACAACAAGAUCACAGAGAUUGAGGAUGGGGCAUUUGAAGGCGCGUCCUCUGUCAAUGAGCUUCACCUCACAGCCAAUCAGAUGGACUCGGUUCGAAGUGGGAUGUUCCGUGGCCUUGAGGGACUGCGAAUGUUGAUGCUGAGGAACAACAAGAUCAGCUGUAUCCACAAUGACAGCUUCACAGGGCUUCACAACGUCCGUCUGUUGUCUCUGUACGACAACCAGCUGACCACAAUCACACCCGGAGCCUUCGACACCCUCCAGACUCUGUCCACUCUUAACUUAUUGGCCAACUCCUUCAACUGUGACUGUCGGCUGGCCUGGCUAGGUGAUUGGCUGAGGAGCAGGAAGAUUGUAACAGGUAACCCUCGCUGCCAGCGUCCUGCCUUCCUGAAGGAGAUCCCGCUCCAGGAUGUAGCUCUGCCUGACUUCCGCUGUGAGGAAGGCCAAGAGGAGACGAGCUGUGUGCCUCGGCCCCAGUGUCCCAGUGAAUGUACAUGCUUGGAGACUGUGGUGCGCUGCAGUAACAAGCACCUUCACACACUGCCCAAAGGCAUCCCCAGGAAUGUGACUGAACUGUAUCUAGAUGGAAACCAGUUCAGUGUUGUUCCAAAAGAGCUGUCUGCCUUCAAAUACCUACAGCUGGUAGACCUGAGCAACAACAAGAUAAACUCUCUGACCAACUCAUCCUUCGCUAACAUGAGUCAGCUUACCACUCUAAUUCUGAGCUAUAACUCGCUGCGCUGUAUCCCCAAAAUGGCUUUCAGCGGACUGCACUCACUUCGACUGCUGUCUCUUCAUGGCAAUGAAAUCUCAGAGCUUCCCGAUGGCAUCUUUAAUGACGUGUCCUCACUUUCCCAUUUGGCAAUCGGUGCCAACCCCCUGUACUGUGACUGUCACCUGCGUUGGCUGUCGGACUGGGUCAAGACUGGAUACAAAGAGCCCGGCAUCGCCCGCUGUGCUGGUCCUCAGGGCAUGGAGGGCAAACUUCUGCUGACUACACCUGCAAAGAAAUUUGAAUGUUCAGGUGAUGUGGACACAGCAGUGUUGGCCAAGUGUAACCCUUGUCUGUCGAGUCCGUGCCACAACCAAGGCAUCUGUCACAGCGACCUUGUGGAGAUCUACAGGUGCAGCUGUCCUCCGGGAUUCAAGGGAAAGAACUGCGAGACGGUUCUGAACGCCUGUGUGAGCAGCCCAUGUGCCAAUGGAGGAACCUGCCGAAUGGAUGCAAAUCAAGAGGGACAGUACAGUUGUACAUGUCCACUGGGCUUCGAGGGCCCGACUUGCGAAACCAAUAUUGAUGACUGCGAUGACAAUGACUGCGAGAACGGCGCUACCUGCAUUGACGGUGUCAACAACUACACCUGUUUUUGUCCCCCCUAUUACACAGGUGAAAUGUGUGAAGAAAUGGAAGAUGUGUGUGCCCCCGGUCGGAGCCCCUGCCAACACGAGUCUACCUGCCUCAUCACAUCCUCCGGACCCAAGUGUGUGUGUUCUCCUGGUUAUGUUGGUGAUGACUGCAGUGUAGACUAUAAUGACUGCGAGGAGCAUCGCUGUCAGAAUGGAGCUCAGUGUGUGGACGAGCUAAGUGGAUAUUCGUGCAUCUGUCCUGAAGGAUAUAGCGGUCAGUUAUGUGAGGUUCCCCCAUCUCUACUGUCACUGUGCGAACGGGCCGACUGCCAGAACAACGCCCCAUGUGUGGAGCGAGGUGGGCGUGCCCUCUGCCAGUGUCCUCCUGAGUUCGGAGGGCCACGCUGUGAGAAGCUGGUCAGCGUCAACUUCAUCGACAGAGACUCCUACCUCUUGCUCUCUGACCUUAAGAACUGGCCUCAAGCUAACAUCACACUACAGGUAUCAACAGCUGAGGACAAUGGUAUCCUGCUGUACAAUGGAGACAAUGAUCAUAUGGCGGUGGAGCUCUAUCAAGGUCAUGUCAAGGUUAGCUAUGACCCCGGCAGUCAGCCAGGACAUGCCAUAUACAGUACUGAGACUAUCAACGAUGGUCAGUUCCACACAGUGGAACUGGUGACCUUUGACCAGAUGGUGAACCUGUCCAUUGACGGGGGUCUCCCUACCACAAUGGACAGCUUUGGGGGUGCGGCCCUCAACGGGGAGGCUCCACUAUACGUGGGGGGCAUGCCGGUAGACGUGCACUCGGGCACUUUCCGUCUCUGGCAGAUCCAGAAUAGCUCCAGUUUCCAUGGCUGUAUCCAGAACCUGUACAUAAACAACGAGCUUCAGGACUUCACCAAGACCCAGAUGAAGCCCGGCGUGGUACCGGGCUGCGAGCCCUGCAAGAAGAUCUACUGCGUACAUGGCAUCUGCCAACCUGAUGGGGUCCAAGGACCUGUUUGCCACUGCCAGCCAGGCUGGAGCGGGGCGCACUGUGACCAGCCUGCUAGCAACCCCUGCCAGGGCAGCAAGUGUGUCCAUGGAAAAUGCAUCCCUCUGGAUUCUCAGUCAUACCGCUGUGAGUGUGCGGAGGGUUACCGCGGAGCCCUGUGUAACCAGCAAGGGGAGCUGUUUAACCCCUGCCGUCACCUGUCCUGCAAACAUGGUCGCUGCCAGAUCUCAGACACAGGAGAUGCAUACUGUCACUGUGAAAGUGGCUAUACCGGAGAACUUUGUGAUGCAGAAAUUGAGUGCAGAGGGGAACCUGUGCGAGACUUCUACCAGGUCCAGCGGGGAUACGCUAUCUGCCAGACGACACGCAUGGUCUCUUGGGUGGAGUGCACUGGAGCCUGCGACACAGGGACCUGCUGCGCCAGCCAGAGGAUGAAACGUCGGAAAUACACCUUCGAAUGCAGCGAUGGGACCACCUUCAGCGAGGAGGUGGAAAAGACCAUCAAGUGCGGCUGCGUGGGCUGCAUGUAGCACAGUUCACUCCCGUUCCCCGCUGCUGCCGAAGAGCAGAAGAUGGAAAGAAAGGAAGGAAGGAAGGAAAGGAAAGAGAAGACAGUAGGAAAGUGAGGGAGAGAAAGAAAGAGAGAUAUUAAAGAAUAUAUAUAAAACCUCUAUCUAUAUAUUAUGGACAACAGUGUUUGUAAAAUAGAAUAUUUCCUCCCCUUCUAAGGGUGUUUGACCUACAGUAAAACAGAGAAACCAACAUCACGGGCAACAACGUAGAUGCGACAACAGCAGCAAACCAUUGUAUCCGCAACAUUGUUCCAACCCGAGUCACCCAGUGUGAAUUCCCCAUCCAUCUCUGAGGCCUCUGACAGCCUAGCCACCAUCUACCAUCUUUACUUUGUGGAGGCAGAGAGAACAGUGGGGUCCGGCCUGGGAAAAGCAGAAGGCUAAGAGGAGAGCUGGACAAUUUUGACCUUCCAAAGCUGUUUUGAGUUGAGCUUGGCUGGGUUGCCUGGACUGGGCUGGAUAUGGUUUGGGUUGAGUUGAAGUUGUUGUUGGUUUGGUGUAGCAGUUUCUCCGCCAGGAUACAGUCAUCCAUCCACACACGCACACGUAGAAGUGAACAGCAAGGAAGAAAACGUACGAUUACGAGCGGCGCAGACGCCGUGGCUUCGAGGCUAGGGUGGUCUAGUGUCACAGCUGAUUUCUGUGAGGUACCGUAACAGAAACUCCAUUAAAAAAAGUAAAUAAACAAGAGACUGCGCUGACUAGCAGCACUGAAAACAGCAGUCAAGGCACGUCUCUGAAGUACAUGAUCACACAUGCAUGGCAUACACACAUUUUCCGCACAGUCUCAACGCCACACGGGAAGGCUUGUGCGGUGCAACUAUUCCAAUCAGAGAACCCAUCUGGUGCUGACAGUGCCCAGUGCUUAUCAGCCCCCAGCAUGAAUUGCCUCAGGGUUAGGAUGAUUUGCAUAAUCCCACCCCCACCCCACCCCAGUGAGUAGGAGGCCAAUCAGUCCUGCUCCUUUUGAUGCCUGCAGUAUUAAACUUGUGCAAACUGUUGCAUGUUUGGAGAAGUUUGCUAACAAAUAUGUAGAGCUUCUUAAUAUCCUUAUAAAUGUACAAAACAAAAAGGUUGCAGAAUCAUGUUCUGUUAUUUUAUUUUUUAUUUUGUUUUGUUUAAUUUCUCAUAAUUUGUUUCUGUUAUAUUUUUGUGUCAUGAUGUAACCUAACUCCUUUAGCUGCCCCCAUCCCUCCCCUACAACCCUUUAUAUAGAAAUGCCUAACAGAUUCUAAUAUAUAUAUAUUUGUAUUUCAUUUUGGUAUAGUAUUUUUCUAUGUUAAAGAGUAAGUCUGUUUCCUGAAGCUUUGGAACUGGUGGAAAGGCGUUCAUUUGGUUCCCUAGGUGUUUUUUGAUUUUUUUAAUUUGUUGUAUCUCACGUGCUCCAAAAGGUGAUUAAUUACAUUUAAUUGGCCAAAAAAAUGCAGCAGCUGGUUGGCCUUUUUGUAUAGAAGGCAGUAUUGGUCUAGAAAUAUGUUUAAUAUUGUAUAUGUUGUCUUCCAUGUGAAUAUUACAUUAAUUCAUUGAGAGUCUGUGCUUGUUUUUAUUUAUUUUAUCUAAUGGCGUUUUCCUGUAGAAAGUGAAGAUCAAAAAUGUCAAAAAGAUUAAAAAAGGUAACUGAAAAAAGAAAUUACAUAAAAAACUGUAUUUGUAACAUCACUUCAUAGCAGUGUUUGACCUUCCUCUCUGACUCAGACAUUCCUCGUUUGCUUGCAGGGGCCGGAGAGUUCAGAGCUGAGAUUAAGAGAUGCCCCCCACCUCAAAUUUCCCUUGAAAUUAACACACCACACUUAAAAGACUUCUGAUUGUUUCCGUGUUCAUUUGGAUUGAAGUGCUUGGGUUGCAUUUCUGUCAUUUGAAUUUGUGAGCUGGUGGGUUUUGUUUUUUGUUUUUUUAAGUUUUAAAUUAGUCAAGCUCAACCGAUCAUAAGCUGCUGUCAAGCCAGAAGGAACAGGAUGAAGUUGCCUCUGUGGACAAUGAUCAUGUUAUCAAGGUGUGUCAUCCAAGAUUGCUUUGAAAAGGCAACUGUGUGGGAAGCAUUACAUGCCAACUACUGACAGAUAAGUAAAGGAGAACGGUCUGGACAUUUUCAGUAUCUGUCAGUUUUAAGUGGUAAUCCAUACAAAAAAAAACAAAAAAACAAAAAAAGAAAGCAAUGGUGCCAAUUACAGUGAACGUCAUACCUGAAUGUAUAAAUGUGUAUAGAUAAAUAUGACCUAUGCUUAUUCAUGAAGUGGUAACUUUUAGCUGUUAUUUAGUUUCCAAUGUAAGAUAUAGAAACCACAUCCUGUCGAAUACGUGACAGUCCAUCAGGAUGGCGUUGAGGCGUUGUUCUCUCUGCAGAUCGGGAUUGUGUUUGAUCCGUUUUGCUGAUCUAACUGUUAAAAAGUCUCUUUAUAGUGUGAAAGGCUGCAGAUCUCAGCUCAUACAGUGUCGCAUCACGGAGCUCCUAUUCAUAUUGCUACCCAUGUUAACUUUGUUUUACAUGCUGUCGAUGUGAUCCAAGUGGUGUACAAAAACAUUAAAGAUCCCAUAAAGGAUACUGAUGAACAGUCACUGUAAUACUUAGGCUGUGCGCCUCGUAAAGGUGCGCAUUUAGUCAAAUGUGACUUUCUUUCCAUGUCUCCUUUCCUUCCUCUGCACUAAUCUGUACUGGACUGGUGCAUUCAACUUCCUGGUAGACAUCUUAGUGGUGCUUGUGCUAUAUUGAGAUGUAAUUCAGUUACUGGUCACAUGACCAGAAACACAGUUUUCUUCCAUCCUAUGAACUAUAUACAUAAAUGUUAUUGUGAACAACACAAUGUCUCUGUUGUAUUGAAAUGGUGCAAAAACUAAGAAAUAUCCCUGGCUGGGUUCUGUCUGUUUGCGUUUAUGUUACAGGACUGAUGGUGGGAUUGAACUGAAAACUCAAUAAUGCUGAAUGUAUGUAGUGCCACCGACAAAAUGUUUACCAAAACUCCACUCUUUUCAUUAAUUAAACUUAAAUGUGUGUGCUUUUAAAAAA